AUUGUAGUUAGAAUGUGGCCAAGAGUAUAAAUACAACAAUCAUUUCGUCGACACAAAGAACCAAAAUGUCUCUUCGUCGUUUCCCACAUGCUGAAAUCGUUUCCCCAGAUGUUCUUGGAGAACAUUUGAAAUUUCGAAAUGGUCGAGAAACUAAUAAUCGAUUUUUGAAAUCUGCCCUCACCGAGAUUCAAUCCAAUUAUUAUCCAAAUGAGCCAAAAAGGCACGGUCUUCCAACUGAUACUAUUCUUAAUAUUUAUGAUAAAUGGGGAAAUGGAAAUUUCGGAAUGAUCUUAACUUCGAAUGUUCUAGUGGACCCAACUAAUUUGGAAGCUGCUGGAAAUGCUAUAAUCUUCAAGGAAGGAGAUUGUCAUGAGCGUCGAGCUCUGUUCACUUACUGGGCUAAGCUAAUGAAACAAGAUGGUGCUCUUGCCGUAAUUCAGCUAUCUCAUGCUGGAAGACAGACCCCAGAGUUCGUGAAUCCUACUCCUUGGUCAGCUUCUGAUGUUCAACUUGUAUCGGCUACACGUAUGACAACGUAUGGAAAGCCGAAACCCUUGUCAAUUGAGCAAAUUAAAACAGAAGUGGUAGAUCGAUUCGUUUAUGCUGCCAAAUUUGCAUAUGAAUGUGGAUUCGAUGGAAUCGAAAUACACGGAGCCAAUGGAUAUUUGCUUUCUCAAUUCACAUCUCCAACAACUAACAAGAGAACUGACAAGUAUGGAGGCUCGCUGGAAAACCGUCAGAGAAUCGUUAUCGAGGUUUAUGAUGCUAUUCGAGCUGAAAUUCCGGCAUCAACUGGUUUUUUGGUGGGAAUUAAAACAAACUCAGUGGAAUUUCAAUCAGAAGGACUUACUUUGGAAGAUGCUAAAAUUAUGUGUCAAGUAUAUGAGGACAAAGGAGUUGACUUUGUGGAGCUAACUGGAGGAACAUUUGAGAAGCUCAACUGGACCUGGGAUCGAGAGUCGACUAAGAAGAGAGAGGCAUUUUUUGCUGAAUUUGCCGAACAGAUUCGCCCAGUUUUCAAUAAAACGGUGGUAUAUUUGACUGGAGGUUUCCGAACAGUUUCUGCUAUGAUCAACGCAAUCUCCUGUAAUGCAACUCAAGGAAUUGGUCUCGGGCGCCCAAUUACAGCGGAGCCAGAUCUGCCAAAGAAGAUUCUAGAAGGAAAAGCCAUUUCAGCAGUUCAAGACUCAUUCAAUCCAAAUGAUAUUGCAACAACAGUAAUGGCAAGUGGCACACAAAUGGAUCAAAUGGGGCGUACGAAUAUGGAAAAAGCAGGCGGAAAUAUAAUGCAUCUAAUCACCGACUUCAGCGAUGAGCACACCGUUCAAAGAUUUUCUGAAGCAUUGGGCUUACAUGUGAAACAAGCAGCACUCGAUAUUAGUGAAGGAAAAAUACCGAAAGCAAUAAUUGCAUUCAACUAAAUACUGUAUUUGCACUUGGUAUUACAGAAACGCAAAGUUCUGAGAAUGCGUACUGGGUAACAUAUUUGACGCGCAAAAUAUCUCGUAGCGAAAACUAAAAUAAUUUAAAAAAUAAUUCGCUUUCGAUUAGAAAUUCAUUUCGAAAUUCGAGUAUGUAAAUCGACUACAGUAGUCAAUAAAAGUAUUACUGUAGUUUUCGUUACGAAAUAUUUUGCGCGUCAAAUAUGUUGCCCAAUACGCAUUCUCAGCAUGUUGUGUUCCCGUAACAUUUAACCUAUUUUACAUAAUCUAGGUGUUUUAAACUUUUUAUAAAACUUUCUCGUAAUGCUA